UCACUUUGAUAUCUACCAACGUGUUAUUUACGAAAUCUUCUUUCAAGUGUUCGGUUGUGAUCAAAUUUCUCAAGUUUUGAUCAUUUGGCAACUUUAAUUUAUUACAACGUUAGGAAAACAAGGGAGGAGAGAAUACCCUACGGGAAAAUGUUGACCACAGUUACAGUUAUUUUGUUUAUUAGCUUAUUAAAAGGGCAUUUAGUUAUUGGAUGUGUAAUACCUUGUGCAUGUUCUGGUAGAGCAGUUGACUGUUCUUCAAAGAAUUUAACAGAAAUACCACCAAAUAUUCCCUCAAAUACAACUGAAUUAAAUCUUAGUGGAAAUAACUUGACCUCAUUAUUACCGAAUGAUUUCUCUGAUUUAACAUCCCUUAUGAGACUAAAGUUAAAUGAUAACAACUUAGAAAGUUUACCCGAUGGUCUUCUGUCAACAAACACAAAACUUCAAAGUUUGGAUUUAAGUGGUAACAACCUAAUAAGCGUACCAGAAAAUCUGUUGUCAAUGACUACGGAUCUUCGAGUGUUACAGCUAAGUGAUAACAACAUAAUAAGUUUACCAGACGGUCUGUUAUCAACAACUACGAACCUUAACUCUUUAAAGUUAAAUGAUAACAACUUAGAAAGUUUACCCGAUGGUCUUCUGUCAACAAACACAAAACUUCAAAGUUUGGAUUUAAGUGGUAACAACCUAAUAAGCGUUCCAGAAAAUCUGUUGUCAAUGACUACGGAUCUUCGAGUGUUAUAUUUACAGAAUAACAAGUUAGAAAGUUUACCAGAAGGGUUGUUAUCGACGACUACGGUUCUUCAGUUAAUAUAUUUACAGAAUAACAAGUUAGAAAGUUUACCAGAAGGGUUGUUAUCGACGACUACGGUUCUUCAGUUAAUAAUUUUACAGAAUAACAAGUUAGAAAGUUUACCAGAAGGGUUGUUAUCGACGACUACGGUUCUUCAGGUCAUAGAUGUAAGUGAUAACAACAUAGAAAGUUUGCCAGAAGGUCUGUUAUCGACGACUACGAGUCUUCAAUUUAUGAAUAUCAGCGUUAACCCACUGAAAUGCUGCCUGAUGAAAAAUGUAACAAAAAGGUUGACCACGAUCGAUUUUGUCUUAGGCUCCUGUGAGGAUUUCAACACAACGACAGAGAUUAAAAGUUUCAAUACUUCAGACUGCAAAAUACCAGUUGAUGGAGGAUGGAGUAUUUGGUCCAACUCGUCAUGCUCUGUAUCUUGUGGAAAUGGCGUCAUUACCAAAACCAGAACAUGUGACAACCCCACACCGUCUGACGGUGGACUCAAUUGUAUUGGUUCCGAAACUGAAACAUCUUUUUGCAACUUAAGAAAAUGUCAUUCAAAAUCGUGCAGUCAUUCAAAGAAAGCUAGAUAGACCACUUCUCGGGAAAAUAUAUCAGGAAAAACAGCGCAAAAGGAAAGCUAUGAAAUGCUAUAAAAAAGGGACAACCAACAUCGAUUGAUAACUUGGAGAAAUACUAAAUGAUUUAUCAUUGUCAUUUUGUGGGAAAAGUAAUCUUCAUUUUGUGGGAAACGUCAUCUUCGUCAAUAUUGUGGGAAAGGUCAUCUUCGUCAAUAUUGUGGGAAAGUUCAUCUUCGUCAAUAUUGUGGUAAAGUCAUCUUCAUUAUUGUGUGAAAAGUCAUCGUCAUUAUUGUGGGAACAGUCAUCGUCAUUAUUGUGGGAACAGUCAUCUUCAUUAUGUGUGAAAAGUCAUCUUCGUCAAUAUUGUGGAAAAAGUCAUUAUCUGUCUUGUUGUUUUUGUCUGGCAAAUACUCUGCUAUCAUUUUGUGUAGUUUACUUUAAAAUUCUCUCGAGCGCAAACUUUGUUGUAUGACGUUGUAUUGAAACCAUUUAUUAGCUGAUAUGAGAAUUAGAACCUUUAUUACAUUGCUUUUGUUUAUGAUAUCAUAUUAGUGUAUGACAUAAAUUAAUGAAAUAGUGUGCGAUCAAACGAUGACAAAUUGAAGCAUUUGCAGUUUUUAUCAUUUGAUAAUAUUGUCUGGGUUUAACUUUAUAUUGUGGUUAACUUUCAUUUUCAAUUUUUUUAUCAUUUAUGUAUGCGACUUUUAUCUUA